UUCUCUCACGCACCAACCCAUCAGUCCCCGUUUCACGGGUCUUUGUUUCUGAUCUGUUAAAUCCCACCCACUUGACAUGAACACAGAGAAAAAAAGUGAAAAUCAUUCACACUGCCCAUGCUGACAGCGCCUAGUCGCUGUUGUCUUAACUGUCUGCUGGAUCAGAACCAUGGAGACGGAGAGCUGCUUGCCUUUCUCCGCGCAGAGCGCUGGAAGGACACCGACAAACUCUCCGGGCCUGGAGCAAGGUGGUGGUGGUGGCGGGGGACCCGGCUCUUUUCUCCCCUGCAAUGGGCUGCAGAAACCCUCUCAUAUCCUUCCCCCGCCUCCUGCUGCGUCUCUAACUCACCGCCACGGCUUGUGCGGGGAACUGUAUGCAGCCAUGGGCAGGUUUGGUGAUGUCGCGGGUGUGGAUUUUACGCACGGCUCUGCGCCCGGCUCUGCGCCGAAACUUAAGUUCCUGGACGGUUUGAACCCGGAUCACAAAGCGGCAAUAAGCGACAAAGCGGUGUUUUAUGAAAGCAGUUCGGAAGCCAGAGAGAAAGGAGCUCUAAAAGCAAUGAUCUAUCCUGGGAUCGGUCCAGACUGCUGCAGCAAACUGAAGGAGCAGAGUGUCAGCGUGCAGGGCGACUCCAUCGCUGACUCCAUAGACUUAUCAGGAAAAAGCAAGAAGCGGCGCAAUCGCACCACCUUCAGUACUUUUCAGCUGGAGGAGCUGGAAAAGGUGUUUCAAAAGACACACUAUCCUGAUGUGUAUGCCCGAGAGCAGCUGGCUCUGAGGACGGAGCUCACUGAAGCACGGGUUCAGGUGUGGUUCCAGAACCGUAGAGCCAAAUGGAGGAAACGGGAACGCUAUGGGAAGAUCCAGGAAGUCCGAAACCACUUUGCAGCUUCUUAUGAUAUUUCUCUUCUUCCUCGUCACGAAGCAUACCAGAUGCAGGGCAACCUGUGGCCGGCAGCUGCUUCAGGUGGAGGCACGUCAGGUGCAGCCUGUGUCCUAGGAGCUGAAUCCAUCUCAUCAUCUUGCAUGGGUCCAUAUUCUCACCCCCACAGCAAUCUGCAGGGCUUCAUGAGCAUGCCCACCUCCCCAAGCCACCCACACCACCACCACACACCGCAUCAUCACAGCAUCAACAGCCUUUACUCCCUCCACAGCUUCCCCGGAAGCCUUGCGCCACCUUCUAUUGAGGGGCCAGAAGGUGACUACAAACCAACUGGUUUGGUGGCGCUGCGUAUGAAAGCCAAAGAGCCGGGCAGCAUUAUCUCCUGGCCCACAUGACCACCAAUGAUCCCCCUAA